CUGUAACUAAAAUAAUUAAUGGUGAUAUUUCAAAUGACCUCAAAAUCCGAUAGUAAUAAAGCUUCACAUGAUCUUUCAAGUGAACACAUCGAUAACAAGCAAAGCGAAAAUGCCCAUUGCAUACAGCUUAUGGGUCGAAAACAGGAAGUCACAGAAAGCUUGCAAAACAACAACAUAGAUGCUUGCAUUCUCCCACAGCUCACAAGAUCUGACAUAGACCGGUAUCGUUUAAAAUUUCAUGAAAAUCUAUUACUUAAUAUUUUACAAAAUGGUUAUCAUAAAACAUAUUCAGAAUUAUUCAAUUUAAUUGAUUAUGAAAAGAAACAACGUAUUAAUGCAGGAAUUUCAUCAUCACCAUAUUGGACUAUUCAACCAUUAACUGAACGACAUCAAUUACUUUAUGAAAUGAUGAUACAUUUAAUAAAUGCAGAGAAUUUUAAUCAUUCUAAUCAAAUUGAUGAAGUCUAUAAAGAGAAUUUAUUCUUGGCUGGAUUAUUUCAAUCCAAUAUUAAUGAUCAUUGGUUAUUAGAUAUUUAUUUACAAAAAUGUUUAAAAAUUAUAAAUAAAGGUUAUCUUUCUAUCAAAAAUAUGAUAAAAAUUAAAUUACAAAUGAAUAAUAUUGAUAAAAUACAAUUAGAUCAUUUAAAUGAAAUAAAACAAACACUUAAAAAGCGAUUAUUUGAAGCAAUUUAUCAUAAUGCUACAUAUUUAUUUGAUACAGGAAAAUACUCACAAUCAUUAGAAUUAUAUAAAAAAUUACAAAAAAAAUUAGAAAAACAUAAAAAUAUUUUACAACCAUUAAUCAAUCCAUUUGAUAAACAACAAAACAAUAUACCAUUGUAUAUUGUAUGCUAUGAACAAAUCUGUCGAAUAAUUUUAACAAUUUAUCAACCAAAUAAAGAAUAUCAAAUGGAUGAAUUAUUGGCACAUUUAAAUGAAGCAUUGAAAUAUGCUGAAAAAUCGGAAAAUCAAAAACUUAAAGGAUUAUGUAAUAAACAAAUAAGUCAAGUAUAUCAGGUCCAUGAAGAAUAUGAAAUGGCUCAUAAACUUGCAGAACAAUAUUUCGAUAUAGCUGAAAGAUCCAAUGAUAUUUUGGAGAAGAUUGAAGCAUGUAAACUACUGGGGAGUAUCAAUGAAAAUUUAUUUCAACUAGAUGAAGCUGAACAAAAUUACUUAACUAUUAUUGAAUAUACAAAAUUAUUACAUAAUAAUAAUAAUAAUAAUAAUAAUAAUAAUAAUAAUAAUAAUAAUCAAACAGAGAAAUUAAUUGAAGCAUAUGAAUUAUUAGCUAAAUUUUAUAUAUUAUAUACAAGUAAAUAUGAAUUAGCUAAAUUCGCUUCUGAAAAUGGUUUAAAUAAUAGUCAAUUAAAUAAAUCAUUUAUUUAUUAUAAUCAAUUGAAAUUAUGGUAUUCUAUAUCAAAAUCUAAAUUAAUAGAACCAUAUUAUAUAAAUAUGAUUAUAGCUGCACAAAAUAAUUCAAAUGAUAUGAUAAAUUUAAUACAAUGGAAAGAUAUACAUCAUUAUCAAUUACCAAUAAUGGAUAAAGAUUAUUUUAUAAAAGUAACAUAUGACAGUUUUGCUAAGAAACGAAAUGAGAUAAAUCAAUCAAAUUCAACUCAUAUUUUGAACUCCUAAUCUAUUAUUUUCAUCAUUUAUUUUGUAUGGUUAUUUGAAGAAUCUCCACAACAACAACAAAGAAAACAGAAUAGAACAGAACAAAUUACUUAGAUCAAAUAAUCGAUGCAUUGAACACAUUUUUUUCUCCUUAUUCAAUUCUAAAAGAGAUAGUUUCAAAAA